CAGAUGUAUAAUGCAAUCAGAGAGCGUGCUGUAGUUACAGGGGAGCCAUGGAAAUCCCUUUUCUGGAGAUUGGAAUUCCGCAACAAAAACAUUAUGAUCCCUUUACUUUUCCAUCUGUUCUAUCACCAAAACUUUCGUCUCCUUCUCUGGCUCUCUUCACUGAUUCAAUCAGAGCCAAUCAACCUUAUCUUCGGUCACUACUCCACAAAACAGGGGCAAUACUCUUCAGGGGAUUCCCAGUAGUUUCGGCCUCAGACUUUAACGACGUCGUUGAGGCGUUUGGCUUCGAGGAGUUGCCGUACGUGGGCGGAGCUGCUCCCAGGACUAACGUCGUUGGCCGUGUUUUUACGGCCAAUGAGUCCCCUCCUGACCAGAAAAUCCCUUUUCACCACGAAAUGGCUCAGGUUCCGGAGUUCCCAUCAAAAUUGUUUUUCUUUUGUGAAGUUGAACCCGGAAGUGGUGGUGAAACUCCUUUGGUGCUUAGCCACAUUGUCUAUGAGAGGAUGAAAGAAAGAUAUCCUGACUUUGUUCAACGCUUGGAGGAGCAUGGGUUAAUGUAUAUACGGGUUUUAGGAGAAGAUGAUGAUCCUUCAUCUCCAAUUGGACGAGGGUGGAAGUCCACGUUCUUGACCAAGGACAAAAGUGUGGCUGAGGAAAGGGCUGCUAAGCUGGGUAUGAAGUUGGAAUGGACAGAAAACGGAGUGAAAACAAUAAUGGGUCCAAUACCAGCCAUCAAAUAUGACGAUUCAAGACAGCGCAAGAUUUGGUUUAAUAGCAUGGUAGCUGCUUACACAGGUUGGAAGGAUGCACGGAAUGAUCCCGAGAAGGCAGUGACCUUCGGAGAUGGCAAACCAUUGCCUGCCAAUAUCAUCUAUGACUGCUUGAAGAUACUUGAAGAGGAAUGCAUUGCCAUUCCUUGGCAGAAGGGGGAUGUUAUAUUAAUAGACAACUGGGCAGUUCUUCACGCUCGCAGGCCCUUCAAUCCACCCCGCCAAGUACUAGCUUCUCUUUGCAAGUAAACAUACUUGCAGUAUGAUGCCUACAAAUAAUUGUCUUCGUUUCUAUUGGCCUUUUCUUUACUUUGUUAGUCACUACAAAUGUUGAUUAUGUAAAUAUAACGUUUAUAAACCCUCCUAUCAUUUCACAUGUUAGGCUUGACUUCGUGUGACAAUAUUCUGAGUCAUGUUAUUCUUGAGAAGGAUUCUUACGGAGCAUUUAGUUGGUGUUUUGAGGAGAAUGAUAUUGAUGUGUAAAAUAUU